AUGGCUGCUCCCUUCACCAUGGUGCCAGCUCACCUAAGCACUCAGCCAGGGACAGUUAGCCAGGGACAGGUAAGACAUGCAGAGGUAGAGACAGAACCUGCUGAAUCAGUGGCCUGCAAACGGCGUCCUCACAGCAGCCGCUGUUCCUCCUUCUGCUCCUUCAAACCCACUGCUGAACAUCUGUAUCAUCAUUAUCUCAUAUCUGUCUCUCUGUAUCUGUUUAGGAACGGUGUGUUAGUGUGUGAUUUUGCCACUUCCGCUCCUCCAAUCAACACACCCUCUUCAAAAAAGAGGAAGCGUCAUGAGCAUCAGGAUGAUGAGGACCGGGUGUAUGUGAAGAAGCCACCCAAUGCCUUCAUGCUGUUUUUGAAGGAGCAGAGGCCAAAGGUCAAGGCUGAACUGACCAACAGUGCAAGUGCAGCAGUGAAUGCCGUCGUGGGAGAGAGGUGGAAGUCGCUGUCAAAGGCCCAACAGGCAAAAUAUUACGAGCAGGCAGAGGAGGAAAGGCUGCUCCACACCCAACAACAUCCACAGUGGUCCAGCAAAGACAACUACGGCAAAAAGAGGAGGAGAAUCCGAAGGUCCGCCUGCAGCACAGCAUCUGCACCGACACCUGUGCAGGAGAUUCAACAGGCCAGUGUGUCUGUGUGUGGCACGCUCCACGUGCCACAAGAAAAUCAGAACCUCCCUGCUUCUCAGGCUUCCUCCCCGCCACAGCAGCUCAGGAGUCCUUCCUACAUCACUGAGACUCCUGCAAUGGGUUUGAGCUCAGCCCCUUCAUCUACAUCAUCGGCUGCCUCUGCUGAACCCAUUGAACCUGAAAGUGAGGCAACCUCACUCAGCAAGACAGGAGUAGAACUAUUGUCUCUCCAUGAAGACCUUGAUGCCUGCCUUCCUGCCAUGCAGACUCAGGAGCCUUUCUUUCUUCCCUCUGACUGCUGCACUGAGCAUGAGAUCAGCUCCAGUACUCUUGUGGAUGCCUUUCUAUCCACAUUACCAUCCUCUGAGGCUGCACCAGUUGAACCCACGGCCACCUUGUUCAGCAACCCUGAAGAAGAUCUCUUAUCAUUUCUGAGCCAGACUGAAGUAGACUUUCUCUACUCUAGACUUUAGUCACUUAUGGCUUUUGGCUUUCUAAAGGAAAGUCAAUUCAACUUCAACUACUUUC